AGAGGGCGGGCCGGCCGGCCCCUGAGCCGCUCACUUUUCCUCGAGGGACCCAUGCUGCUGCCACCACCGAGGCCCCAAGGCCCUUGAGAGCCCAGAAAGAAGUGCAGCCCAGACAGAGUGGCUGGCUGCCUGGGGUAGAGUGGAGAGGCUGGAGGGCACAGGGCCGGGGAGCCUGGCCUGAAGCUGGAGCCAUAUUCCUGCCCUGACCGACAGAGCCAGGGGACUCAGCAGGCAGCAGGACCAGCGCUGGGGUGAGCACCCCCUCGGGGUCCAUGUGCCCGCCCCAAGCCCAGGCAGAGGUGGCCCCCACCAUGACUGAGAAGGCUGAGAUGGUGUGUGCCCCCAGCCCGGUGCCUGCGCCACUCCCCAAGCCUGCCUCCCCUGGGCUCCCAAAGGCAGAGGAGGCGGGCCACCAAGGGUCUCAUCCCCCAGGCUGCCCCCCUGGGGUCCCGGUGAUCAGCUUGGGCCACACUAGGCCCCCAGGGGCAGCCAUGGCCACCACAGAGCAGAGUGCCCUUCGGCCCCCACUGCUGCAAUUCUCCGCCCUGGGAAGUGCCCCAACCCCUCUGGCCCUGCAUUACCAUCCUCACCCCUUCCUCAACAGCCUCUACAUUGGGCCGGCAGGACCUUUUAGCAUCUUCCCUAGCAGUCGGCUGAAGCGGAGACCGAGCCACUGUGAGCUGGAGCUGGCUGAGGGGCAGCAGCCCCAGAAGGUGGCCCGCCGUGUGUUCACCAACAGUCGCGAGCGCUGGCGGCAACAGAACGUGAACGGCGCCUUCAUGGAGCUCAGGAAGCUGCUGCCCACGCACCCUCCCGACCGGAAGCUGAGCAAGAACGAGGUGCUCCGCCUGGCGAUGAAGUACAUCGGCUUCCUGGUGCGGCUGCUGCGAGACCAGGCGGCCGCUCUGGCUGCAGGCCCGGCCCCGCCUGGGCCCCGCAAACGGGGGGCGCACCGAGGCCCGGACGACGGCGCCCGCCGGGUGCCUUGCCACCCGGUGGAGGCGGUGGUGCGCCGGCAGCCCGCAACCCCGGCCUGCCCCAACGGCAGCCCCGUCGGGGCGGCCCGCCCCAUCAAGACGGAACAAGCGGCUGUGAGCCCAGAGGUGCGGUGACCUCCAUCGCCUCUGAGCCAGGAAGGGCAUGGGAAUCAGCCCUGGGCCGUCGAGGAAGGGGCGGACCACGCACUGCGCGCACUGCGCUUAUUUUGGAGCGAAGUCGCCCGUAGAGGGACCUGUGAGGACUUCCCUUCGGGGGAAAUGGCCGGGGAUCUGGAGGGCGGGCGACCAGAGGGUCUGGAAGGAGCCCUGCAGACCCUCUUAGCACCCACCGCCCGCGGGAAGCCGCCUUGCCCACCUCCUCCUCCCGCAGGCGAGGUCCAGGAACGUCAACAUGGCAGAGCGGCCGUCGGACUUAAGUGGUGCCUCUUUUUUUUUCGGGUUAGGGGCUCACGGAGAGGUGGGGAGGGGCUGGGAGGCUUCCUCUUCUCGCCGGCGGCGCCCCCUCCUGGAAACUCAGGGAUACGAGCGCCUUCACGCCUCGACGGCGUGGGCAGCGCGCCCGGUGCGGGGACAGAGGCGCAGAGCCCACGCGGGGCCCCACCCCACCCCACCAACCCGACCAGGACCCGCACGGUCGCGUUAGCGAAGGCCCAGGCGCUCUUGCUUUUGUUUUUCUUUAUUUCUUUAUUUCACAUACACAUUAGCCAUUCAAUGGAGAAGCCGGAGAGAGUCAGGCAAAGAUGGUAUAACAGAAGCGCAGUGACGGGGGCGGGGCGG